GCUCCGAAGAGCGCGGCGCUCGCCUGGGUCCGUCGCGUUGCCAGCGCCGCCGAGCGCGGGCCAUGUGGCACCUGUGGCUGGCGCUGUGCGCGCUGGCGCGGCUGUGGCCCGGGGUCCUGGCCAGCUGCGCCAAAGCCGGGCGCUGCUGCCCCGGCCGGGACCCCGCCUGCUUCGCCCGCGGCUGGAGGCUGGACCGGGUCUACGGGACGUGCUUCUGCGACCAAGCCUGUCGCCUCACCGGGGACUGCUGCUUCGACUAUGCCAGGGCGUGUCCAGCUCGCCCUUGCUUCGUUGGGGAGUGGAGCGACUGGAGUCCCUGUGCAGACCAGUGCAAGCCAGCGACCCGCGUGCGGAGGCGCUCGGUGCGGCAGGAGCCUCGGAAUGGCGGGGCGCCCUGCCCACCGCUGGAGGAGCGAGCCGGCUGCCUGGAGUACGCGAGGACGCUUGGCCAGGGCUGCGGGGACACCUUCGUCCCUGCCUUUAUAACUACCUCUGCAUUCAACAAGGAAAGAACAAGACAAGCUACAUCUCCACGGUGGUCUAAAAUCACAGAAGAGCCUGGAUACUGUGUGGAGUUCAAGACCAAGUCCCUGACUCCCCACUGUGCUUUGGAAAACCAGCCCCUGACUCGGUGGAUGCAGUAUCUCCGAGAGGGGUACACAGUGUGUGUGGAUUGUCAGCCUCCAGCUAUGAAUGCUGAGAACCUUCGCUGCUCUGGAGAUGGUCUGGACUCUGAUGGAAAUCAAACCCUCCAUUGGCAAGCAAUUGGCAAUCCUCGAUGUCAAGGAACCUGGAAAAAAGUUCGGCGAGUGGACCAGUGUUCUUGUCCAGCUGUUCACAGUUUCAUUUUUAUAUAGGUUGCCAUGUUAAGAUUUCAAAAUGUGUUUAUAAGUGUGCUAAAUAGUGUUGUGUUCAGCAUGUCAUGAGCCUUCAAACACUGUUUGGCUGAGGUUCUGGAACACAUGUCAUUACCACACAUUGAAGUAACUGAGAAAGAAAACGCAGGCCCUAAUUCUCAAGGAAAGCAGUGUCUUUAUUUUUACUAAGAUGAGGACCCACCAUAAAAGCUCCUGUGGUUUUAUGUCCUUGACUUUCCAUCUGGUCACAGAAUAUAUGUCUUGUCUGCACUAGAAUUAUGACCAUGUGGUCCAGUUCACUUUUUGGUGAGGUGUUAUUUAAGGCUUUCUAUGCUUUGACUUGUGUAUUUUUAAAAUCUUAUUCCAUAAUCUCUUAAAAGCUUCUCACUUUAAAAAGUGUAUAUAGGUAUAUACAUAUAUAUAUAUAUAUAUAUAUAUAUUCUCACAUAUGCAUUUCCCAUGUUAGUCCAUAAGUUGUGAAAAAGUUUCAAGUAAAUUAUCAGAAAUAAUUUCCCACAGUACAAGUUGUUUAAAAUUUCUGUUAAAAUUUUGUAAUGAGAAAUCUUGUCAUGCCCAAUGGAUUCAUUGUGCUGGGCUUCCUGGGGCUGUGAUCCUCAUUGUCUUUUCCUGGGAUAUUGUCUAAAAUUUUUUGGAGUGCU